AUUGGCUCUUUUAUUCUUUUAUGCGAUGGCACGAUUCAGUUAUUCGACGCCGCUCUUUAUACGCUUUGCCCCCCACUUCACCUAUAAUUGAUUCCUAUAAGUAACGAAAAUCCUAUUGCUUCAUACCCUCAUACUACGCCACUGAACACGCCACUGAAUAUCAUGUCCUCCGACGCCAAAGCACAAAAACGUCAGAAGUUCGAGCAUGUCUUCGAGGUGAUCCGUGACGAGCUCUUGGAGCACUUUGCUAGCAAUGGAAUGCCCAAGGAGGCGCAGGAAUGGUACCGCAAGAGUUUGGACUACAACGUUCCCGGAGGCAAACUCAACCGCGGUUUAUCCGUCGUAGACUCUGUAGAGAUCCUCAAGGGCAGAUCUCUCACCGAGGAUGAGUACUUCAAAGCUGCUGUCUUGGGCUGGGGAGUCGAGCUCCUUCAAGCAUUCUUCCUCGUUUCGGACGAUAUCAUGGACUCUAGCAUCACUCGCCGUGGCCAGCCUUGCUGGUACCGUAAUGAGGGCGUCGGCUUGAUUGCCAUCAAUGACUCGUUCAUGCUCGAGAGUGCGAUCUACUUCCUCCUCAAGAAGCACUUCCGAUCGGAGUCGUACUACGUUGACUUGCUUGAGCUCUUCCACGAGACCACCUACCAAACUGAGUUUGGUCAACUCAUUGAUUUGAUUACUGCCCCAGAAGACCAUGUCGACUUGAGCAAGUUCUCCUUGGAAAAACACCGUCUCAUCGUCAUCUACAAGACAGCCUAUUACUCCUUCUACCUUCCCGUCGCCCUCGCCAUGCACGUCGCAGGCAUCCGCGCCUCCCCCAAUGCACCAAAGGAUCCCUUCGCCGUCGCCUCCAGCAUCCUCAUCCCCCUCGGCGAAUACUUCCAAGUGCAAGACGACUGGCUCGACUUCAGCGGUACGCCCGAGCAAAUUGGCAAGAUCGGAACCGACAUCGUCGAUAACAAGUGUUCAUGGUGUAUCAACCUUGCCCUGGCUCACGCUACGCCUGAACAACGCGCGAUUCUUGAUGCUAAUUACGGAAGAAAGGAUGCUGGGGCGGAGAAGAAGGUCAAGGAGGUGUUUUACCAGGUUGGCGUACCUGAGAAGUUCCAUGCGUAUGAGGAGGCGUCGUACAAGAAGAUCAUUGGCUUGAUCGAGACUAUUCCUGAGGGUGGACUCGGUGCUGAGGGCGAGGUCAAGCUCAAGCGGGAGGUGUUCAAGAGCUUCUUGGAUAAGAUUUACAAGAGGCAGAAGUAAAGAUUCGUAACAAAUGAAAUCGAGGUACUUGGGUUGCUUCAUCUUGCGUCGAAUGUUGUGUUUGUGUGCUGUAUAGAAUUCUGACUUGCUAGAAGAAAGUUCAAAGGUCACGAUGUGACAAAAAAGAUUCUUUUCGAUGACAUAUAUCCCGACGUAACAGUGAAGAUACCGUGAACUGUCUAUAUGUGUAGAUAUGUAUAAGUUCAGGCCUAGUGAUAUAGGGACUAGGUGACAUAUAACAGGCCAUUUGACACCAAGUUCGGCAUGUGCUCUUGCAAUGCAGAGGUCUUCUCCGGCAACGUUAGGCAAUGUGCUGCGCCAGAGAAUUUGAUCUCGAGAUGAUGGAAUUUUACAGAUUCCAGGUGCGUAAAACGAGAUGGAAGCUGGUCUAGCAAGUCCCAUAUUUCUGACCCAAUAUCAUCAAAGAAAACUAUCUGUCCUAC